AUGGAUAAUUAUGUCACAAGAUCGAAAAUUGGGCAUCCAAGUUCUAGCUCUAGUCAUCCAUCUACUGCUUCAACCAUAGCUCCGAAAAUUCAAAGGAAAACAUUUAUUUCAGAUGUUGAUUUAGAAUCUCUUGAAGCUGAUUCGGGAAUUAGAAAGCCCAUUGCAGAUUAUAAUCCUAAUAUACGUGAUGAUAUUAGGAGAUAUUAUAUUCUUAAAAAACCUUGCCAACCUAAGGAUCAUAAAUUUCCUAAAACUAAGUUUGGGAAGGAAAUGCGGAAAUUUUUUCCUGAUUGGUUUAAUGGUUGUAAGUGGUUGGAGUAUAGCAUAACAAAAGAUGUUGCAUUUUGUUUGUGUUGCUAUUUGUUUAAAAAUGAAUGUGAAAGUCGUGGAUAUGUGGUUGAUGCUGCUUUCACAAAGAUUGGCUAUAGAGCUUGGAAGAAAGCUACUGAAAGAUUUAGAGCUCAUGUUGGAGAUAUAAAUAGCAUCCACAACAAGUGUUUCAACAAGAUGCUUGAUUUGAUGAAUCAAUCACAGUCAAUACGCACUUCCUUUGAUAAAAAGUCCAAGAAAGAAAAAAGUGAGUCUCGGCGUCGCUUGAGUGCUUCAGUUGAUGUGACAAGAUUUCUCUUGAAAUUAGGAUUAUCAUUCCGUGGACAUGAUGAGAGUCGAUCUUCUUCAAAAAGAGAUGUUGGAAGCAUUAUUUUAGAAAAAGUUCCAAAAAAUGAAAUGAUGUGUUCUCCAAGUAUUCAAAAGGAUAUUGUUGAUUCUUGUGCUAAGGAAACAAUCAAAUCUAUUCUUGAAGAUUUAGAUGGGGAUUAUUUUGGGAUACUAGUCGAUGAAUCAAAUGAUGUAUCACACAAGGAGCAAAUGACACUUGUUUUGAGAUAUGUUAACAAAGAAGGAGAAGUGAUAGAACGAUUUGUUGGUAUUAUUCAUGUUAGUGAUACAUCUGCUUGUUCAUUAAAGGAAGCAAUAUACUCUUUUCUUUUAGAUCACUCAUUAAGUCCAUCCCAAAUACGUGGGCAAGGUUAUGAUGGAGCUAGCAAUAUGCAAGGACAUCUAAAUGGUCUUAAAACUUUGAUUUUAAAUGAGACUCCAUCGGUAUAUUGCAUUAAUUGUUUUUCCCACCAAUUGCAGUUAACACUAGUGGCUCUUGCAAAGAAGGAUUCAAAUGUAGAUGACUUUUUUUGCUUAGUUACUAAUGUGUUAAAUAUUGUUGGAGCAUCUUUUAUGCGCAGGGAUUUACUUCGAAAACACCAAGCUGAACAGUUAGAGGAGUUGCUCAUAUAA